UCGAAUCGUGCUAGUCGAUUAAUUGCCCUGUGUCUAAAAUUUCACACAACACAAACCGUGAUUCUUCUAUUUUUAGAUACAUUAAUCGCGUAAUCUCGUUAUUUAAAACUAACUACAAUUUCUUAAACUUUCGCGAAUCUUGGUGCCCAGUUAGCACUCUUAUCCAGAGGCCAACUAUCAUUCGACUAGAAAAAGUCGACGUUUUGUCCAAUAAAAAAAAUUUCAACACAUUCUUGGCAAAAAAUAGACAAAGAGAGACAAUCAACACUGGCGAUUAAAUAAACAAAAUUUUAUGAUAUGUGAUGAAUUUUGGAAACCUGGGAAGCUGUGGAUAGAAAAGGUUGCCGUGUCCUGUAAAUAAAAGAAGAAAAAACCCACCUACAGCAUGCCAUCCAAGGAAAAUGUGGGAGGAAAUUUCAUUGAAGUCAAAGAUGGAAGGUCAAAUUUCCUGCCAUCGGAAAGAUGGCGAAUCAUGAAAAACAUAUUGAUGAUCAGCUUCGCUUUUAUGGUACAUUUCACGGCUUUCAUGGGCGCCAGCAAUCUGCAAAGUUCCGUUAACGCGGACAAAUCUCUGGGCACGUUUACCUUGGCUUCAAUAUACGGCAGUUUGAUCCUGAGCAACAUUUUUCUACCCGUACUCAUGAUAAGCUGGCUUGGAUGCAAGUGGACCAUAUCCCUAACGUUUAUCUCGUACAUGCCUUUCAUCGCAGCCCAGUUCUACCCCAAGUUUUUCACCAUGAUUCCAGCGGGACUUGCCGUUGGCUUGGGUGGCGGACCACUUUGGUGUGCAAAAUGUACUUAUCUCACGGUUGUGUCCGAAGCUUAUGCCUCUGUAUCGGAACUGAGCGCGGACGUUUUGGUCACAAGGUUCUUCGGCCUCUUCUUCAUGUUUUACCAAAUGGCGCAGGUUUGGGGGAACCUGAUCUCGUCGGCAGUAUUGUCCUACGGAUUGGAUGCCACGCCAGUAAACAACACUAUAAACAGCACCCUCGUCGCUGAAAUUUGUGGGGCAAAUUUCUGCGCAGCACAGACCGAUGAAGAAAAUCCAAAUCUGAAACCACCCCCUGCUGAACGAAUUCAACUGAUCUCCGGUAUUUACCUAGGAUGCAUGGUCUUCGCUAUUCUCGUUGUUGCUUUCGGAGUAGACUCUCUGACUAGGUACGACAGGGGCCGUUCCGGAUCAACUACUGGGAAGUCUGGUCUUAAAUUACUCGCUGUUACUUUGAAGUUACUGAAAGAAAAGAGACAGCUGCUCAUUUUACCGAUAACACUGUUCAUCGGGGCUGAGCAAGCUUUCCUUUUUGCCGAUUUCAACGCCGCGUUCGUCUCCUGCGCAUGGGGUAUUAGUAAUAUCGGUUACGUGAUGAUUUGCUACGGAGUGGCAAAUGCGAUUGCUGCUAUAAGCACGGGGUCCGUGGUAAAACUCACUGGACGAACUCCGGUAAUGGUUUUCGCAUUCAUUCUUCAUGUUGCAAUAAUAGUAGCACUAUUGCUCUGGAAGCCGACACCGGAACAGGGAAUCAUAUUUUUUGUGAUGUCGGGAUUGUGGGGAGUCUGCGAUGCUAUUUGGCUUGUUCAAGUUAAUGCAUUGAGUGGCAUUCUUUUCCCUGGCAAGGAAGAAGCUGCUUAUUCAAACUUCCGACUUUGGGAAGCAACCGGUUCAGUGUUAGCCUAUGCUUACAGCCCCUACUUAUGCACAAACAUAAAGUUGUACAUUUUGUUGGCUAUUCUUUGUAUAGGAGUUACUGGGUACGUGAUUAUCAUUCGGAAGGGUAGAGCCAGUCGGACCAUUACAGAUGAAAGAAAGAACUUCGAGCUCGUUGCAACUAGAGAAGCUUCUAGCUGAUUAACUCCGUACUAGCAGUGUAGGAUCGGUACGACUUGCACGUGAUAAAUUGAAUAUGAUAUUAAAUGCAUGGCGAGACUAAGGUUGGAAGCAUAUCCAGGAAAGUAUAAUGUUUUAAUAGUUAAGAGAGUGUCGAUCUUAAAGUGAUAUUAAUUGGUUCCGGACACUAGUUAUAUGGCUCUAAAAAGCGGUACGCCACAGGUGAAAAAUGAUUUGAAAACACUUGGCGAUAUUUUAGCUAGAACCAAUAUAUCAUGAACCCGUAUCAUCAUGAAGUAAUUGUAGAAAUAAUUCAAUUUUGUCAUCAGUUGUAUUGUGUAUGUAAAGAAAAUUGUAUUCUGGUAAAAUUGUGGAAGGUGUAAGUGUAUUCAAUGGUGCCAUUUGAAACCGGCUGAAAAAAAACCAGAAGCAUUUUUCAAAAUAUUGUUACGGUUUCCCCUUUCGAAUAUGCAUGUAUUUAUUUAAUUAGUCAAAAAUCAACGAACGUCUUUUGGAAUCAACGAGUAUCUUUCUGGAUUCCUGGAACGAACUUCAAACGUCACGCGUCUCCUUGUACUUUUGUCCUAAAAUAAAUCGCCCCAGUCUUUUUGAA